GAAAUGGAUGAUGGAAAGCCGGUGUGGGCGCCUCACCCUACGGAUGGGUUCCAGCUGGGCAGAAUCAUUGACAUCAGUGCCGAUAGUCUGACCAUCGAGCCUCUCAACCAGAGAGGGAAGAACUUUCAAGCUUCUGUCAAUCAAGUCUUCCCUGCUGAAGAUGAUGUCAGCAAACAUGUGGAGGACAACUGCUCAUUGAUGUACUUGAAUGAAGCCACGCUACUAAAUAAUGUCCGUGUGCGCUACAGUAAAGAUAAGAUUUAUACAUUUGUUGCCAACAUCCUGAUCGCUGUGAAUCCAUAUUUUGAGAUUCCCAAGCUGUAUUCUCCAGAGACAAUUAAACAGUAUCGGGGCCGCUCGCUGGGCACGCUGCCUCCUCACGUCUAUGCAAUUGCGGAUAAAGCUUAUCGUGACAUGAAGGUGCUGAAGAUGAGUCAGUCCAUCGUUGUGUCGGGAGAGUCAGGAGCUGGAAAAACCGAAAACACCAAGUUUGUUCUCAGGUACUUAACUACAUCUUAUGGCACAGGUCAAGACAUUGAUGAAAGAAUAGUUGAAGCAAACCCACUGCUCGAGGCGUUUGGCAAUGCCAAAACUGUCCGAAACAACAACAGCAGUCGCUUUGGGAAAUUUGUGGAGAUUCACUUUAAUGAAAAGAAUGCAGUAGUAGGUGGUUUCGUGUCCCAUUACCUGCUGGAGAAGUCCCGUAUCUGCACGCAGGGCCAGGAGGAGAGGAACUAUCACAUCUUCUACAGGCUGUGCGCUGGAGCUCCUGAAGACAUCAAGGAGAAGUUCCACCUCAGCUCUCCAGACUGCUUCAGGUAUUUAAGUCGAGGAUGCAAAAGGUACUUUUCUACCAAGGAUUCAGACAAGCUGAUACCUCAAAACCGCAAGAGUCCAGAGCAUCUGAAGGCGGGCCCUCUGAAAGACCCUCUGCUGGAUGAUCAUGCCGACUUUAACAGAAUGUGUGUGGCCAUGAAGAAGAUCGGUCUGGGUGACACAGAGAAGUUCAACAUGUUCAGGGUGGUGGCCGGGGUUUUGCACCUCGGAAACAUUGAUUUCGAAGAGGCUGGAAGCACCUCAGGUGGCUGUGUCUUGAAGAAGACGUGCGGUCAGUCGUUAGAGUUCUGUGCGGAGCUGUUGGGUCUGGAUGAGGAAGAUCUGAGGGUCAGUCUGACCACCAGAGUCAUGCACACAACCGCAGGGGGCGCUAAAGGCACAGCCAUCAAGGUUCCUCUGAAGGUGGAGCAGGCCAGCAGUGCUCGUGAUGCUCUGGCUAAAGCCAUCUACAGCCGUCUCUUUGAUCACGUGGUCACCAGGAUCAACCAGUGCUUCCCCUUCGACUCGUCCUCUCACUUCAUCGGUGUGCUGGACAUCGCUGGCUUUGAGUAUUUCGAGCACAACAGUUUUGAGCAGUUCUGCAUUAACUACUGUAAUGAGAAACUCCAGCAGUUCUUCAAUGAGCGCAUUCUCAAAGAGGAGCAGGAAUUGUAUCAGAGAGAAGGUCUUGGAGUCAAUGAGGUCCAUUACGUUGAUAAUCAGGACUGUAUAGACUUGGUGGAAGCGAAGUUAGUUGGCAUCUUGGAUAUCUUGGAUGAAGAGAACCGGCUACCUCAACCCAGCGACCAGCACUUCACUGACACCAUCCACAGCAAACACAAGGACCAUUUCCGCCUGACUGUUCCCAGGAAGUCCAAGCUGACAGUGCACAGGAACGUCAGAGACGACGAGGGCUUCAUCAUAAGACACUUUGCUGGAGCAGUAUGCUAUGAAACGACUCAGUUUGUGGAGAAGAAUAACGACGCUCUUCACACGUCCUUGGCGAGUCUGGUGAGCGAGUCGAAGGAUAAAUUCAUCGGAGAGCUCUUCGAGAACUCCAACCACUCCAAAGACACCAAGCAGAAGGCCGGCAAACUGAGCUUCAUCAGUGUAGGCAACAAAUUCAAGACACAGCUGAAUAUUCUUCUGGAAAAGCUGCACAGUACUGGUUCAAGUUUUGUCCGCUGUGUGAAGCCCAAUCUGAAGAUGGUCAGCCACCAGUUUGAAGGCGCUCAGAUUCUGUCUCAACUACAGUGCUCAGGGAUGGUGUCAGUACUGGAUCUGAUGCAGGGCGGCUUCCCCUCUCGAGCGCCGUUCCACGAGCUCUACAACAUGUACAAGCAGUACAUGCCCGCCAAACUGACACGGCUCGACCCGCGACUCUUCUGCAAGGCUUUGUUCAAAGCUCUCGGCCUGAAUGAAAAUGAUUAUAAAUUUGGUUUGACAAAAGUUUUCUUCAGACCUGGAAAGUUUGCGGAGUUCGAUCAGAUCAUGAAGUCCGAUCCAGAUCAUCUGGCUGAACUGGUGAAACGUGUCAAUAAAUGGCUCAUCUGCAGCCGCUGGAAGAAGGUGCAGUGGUGCGCCCUGUCUGUCAUUAAACUGAAAAACAAGAUGCUGUACCGAGCCAAAGCGUGCAUCCAGAUGCAGAAGACUGUUCGCAUGUGGCUGUGCAAGAGGAAGCACAAACCACGGAUCGAUGGGCUGGUGAAGGCAUGUAACCUGAAGAAGAGGAUAGAGAAGCUGAAUGAGGUGGUGUCUGGACUAAAGGAGGGAAAACAGGAGAUGAGCAAACACAUGCAGGAACUCGAUUCCUCGAUCAGCGCCCACAUAUUCAAGAUUAAGAACACUGUAAUGAGCCGCAUAGACAUCGACCAUGAGCACCAGGCUCUGGUCACUCGCUCGCAGGAGCUGCUCAGCGUCAUGCAGAAGAAGAAGCAGGAGGAGGAGGAGAUGGAGCGUCUGAGGAGAAUCCAAGAGGAAAUGGAAAGAGAGAGGAAGAGACGCGAGGAAGAGGAGCAGAAGCGUAAACAAGAGGAAGAGGAAAGACGCCUGAAAUCGGAGAUGGAGUUGAAGAGGAAACAUGAAGAGGAAGAGCGUAAGAAAAGAGAGGAGGAUGAGAGGAGACUGCAGGAGGAGAUGGAGCUGCAGCUGCAGGAGGAGAGGGAACAGGAGGCGGCCCGACAGACUGUGCUGGAACAAGAGCGGCGAGAUCGAGAGCUGGCCCUGCGGAUCGCCCAGAGCGAGGCUGAGCUCAUCCCAGAGGAGACGCCCGUGGAAGCCGGACUGCGCAGAGCUCCACAGGUGACUGCCACAAACACUCAAGCUGAUGUGAAGAAAUAUGAACUCAGCAAGUGGAAAUAUGCUGAAUUACGGGACGUCAUCAAUACAUCCUGUGGUAAGAAAGCUUUUGAUCCUUUUCAUUAAUGCAUAUGAAUAUGAAAUAUUUUUUUACUU